CGCUCCGGCGCUGUCGCUGUCGCCGUCGUGGGAGUGCGACGCUGGCCACCCACCGACGAAAGCCGAUCCGCCAGCCACGGCAAGGCGCAGUGGGUAGACGUGGUCGCCGCCCGCCGGUGCGCCCCGCCGUGUCCAAUGAUUAAGCCGGGAGAGAGAGAGAGAGGAUGGGAAUCCCUCUCCAAUCAUGGGAUGGGCACGGCGGUGCUGGCUGGAAUCCGAAAUCUGGAUUAAAGAAAAAGGAAAGGGAAACGGGCGCGGCCUCCGCCGAGGGAAAGGAAAGGAGGUGGAGGUUACACGGCACACGGCCACGCGGCCGCGCCGGGCUGCUAUAGCGGUGGGUGGUGGUGGUGGCCUGGAAGGAGCCUCGACUGCCCACCACGGCACGGCCCGCCGUGCGGUGCGGUGACCCCCGAGGCCCCCCGUGCUCGUGCCAUUAACCGCCGCCCGCCCACCUGCCCGCGGCCGCGACGCGACAAACCCCGCCACAAGCAAAAACCACCACCACCGCACCGCACCACCACGCCCACGCGGCUGCCGCCUCCCCUCCACAGCCGGUCCUUCACCGCGCGCGCGCGCGGCCCACCCACCCCGCGCCAGCGGCCGAGCCAGCGCGGCCCACCUCCACCGCACCGCUCCUCCUUCCUUAUAGCCCUGACCGGUUCCCCACCUCCCCCUCCUCCUCCGUUCCCAAUCUCCACCACCAAACCCUAGCCGCCGCCGCCGCCGACGACGACCAUGUCCUCCUCCUCAUCCCUCAAGCAGGACGACGGCGCCUCCUCCCCGGAGCUCCCCCCGCUAGCCGCGCCGGGCAUCGCCGCCGCCGCCGCCGCGGCGGCGGCCGCGGCCUCCUCCGGCGGGGGCGGGCUGGCCAUCGGCUCCGGCCGCCGUCUGCCCCCACCCUGCUGGACGCACGAGGAGACCCUCGCCCUCAUCGAAUCCUACCGCGACAAGUGGGAGGCGCUCAAGAAGGGGAACCUGCGGGCGGCGGACUGGGACGAGGUGGCCGGGGCCGUCACCGCGCGCUGCGGCCGCUUCCCCACCGCCACCUACAAGUCGGGCGUGCAGUGCCGCCACAAGAUCGAGAAGCUGCGCAAGCGGUACCGCGCCGAGCGCUCGCGCUCCGCCGGCCGCUCCAAGGGGCCCAAGUGGCCCUUCUUCGCGCUCCUCCACGACCUCGCCGGCGGCACCGGCGCGCACGACCCCAGCGCCAACCCCAUCAUCAAGAUCCGACCCCGAAGCCACCACAACCCCUCCUCCACCCCCACCCCGGCCUCCCCGUCCUCGCUCCUCUCCUCCCCGACCUCCUCCGACGAGGCGGGGCGGAGCCGGAGCCUGCACGGGCUCAUCUCCAACGGCGGGGGCGGGAGCGGCCUGCGCUUCACCAUCCCCAAGGGCUCGCGCACCAGGCCCGGGGCCCCGCCCUCGCGUGACCACCUUCCCGCCAAGCCGGACCCGGAGGAGGACCCGGAGGCGGAGGCCAUGGCGGAGGUGGCCUCCGCGCUGAGGGCCGUCGGGGAGGGCUUCCUCAGGAUGGAGGAGCGCAGGCUCGAGCUCUCGCUCCAGAUGGAGAAGGAGAGGAUGGAGGCGGAGAUGAAGCGCACCCAGACGAUGCUCGACGCGCAGCAGCUCUUCGUCGAGGCCUUCCUCGGUAAGCACCAGCACCACCACAAGAGGGCCAAGCUCGUUUCCUCCUCGGCCGCUGCCAUGGACGAGGACUAAUAGCUACAGCUCCGGUCAUUCAGCUCAACUCUCUGUUGAUGAUGUCUACUGGCUCUGGCUCUGGCUUGCUUGUUAACCUGUUGUCAGCUCAUGACUUGUGAUGUUUUUUUACUCUUCUUGUGCUUGGAUAUGCUUAUAAUUAUAAGAAGGGGAAAGAAUGUGUAGGUGUAGGAUAUGGCUGUGGACAGGAAGGAAGAUUAGAAGUGUUCAGUUGUAAUCAGCGUUGUGUUUUCAGUUGCUGUUUAUGGUGGGGAGAUAUUUCAGCUUUAGCUUUGUUCCAAA